GUGGCACCUCGAAUAGACAUGCGGUGAAAGUAGGGAUUCAGCCCCUGGAUGACGUGCUGGAAGCCACACAGAGGUGAAAUAUCAAAGAUGCAGGCGGCGGUCCUCUCCCUGGUUCUCCUGGGCGCCCUGUCAGGAGGACAGGCACUCCAACUAAUCCACUUACCUGCUACCAGCAACGUGGCAGAGAAUUCUCCACCCAAGACUUCAGUGCACAAGUUUUCUGUGAAUUUAUCAGCAUCACUGUCACCUGUGAUCCCAGGGUUUCCCCUGAUAAUCAACUCAAGUCCUCUCACUGAAGCCUUCAGGGUGAACUGGCUGUCGGGCACCAACUUUGAGGUUGUCACCACUGGGAAGGAACAACUAGAUUUUGAAACAGGACCACACAUAUUUGACUUGCAGAUUUAUGUGAAGGAUGCCGUGGGUGUCACUGACCUGCAGGUCCUGACUGUCCAGGUAACAGACGUGAAUGAGCCGCCCGAGUUUCAAGGCAACUUGGCAAAAGGUCUGGACCUCUACAUAGUGGAAGGAACAAACCCUGGAUUCGUUUACCAGGUUGAGGCCUUUGAUCCAGAAGACACAAGUCAAAACAUACCCCUCAGUUAUUUCCUGAUUUCUCCUUCAAGCAGUUUCAGAGUAUCUGCUAAUGGAACUCUCUCCUCCACGACAGAAUUUGACUUUGAAGCAGGACACAGCAGUUACCAUCUCAUCGUGGAAGUCAGAGACAGCCGAGGGCUCCAAGCCUCCACGGCGCUCCAGGUGAACAUUGUGAACAUCAACGAUGAGAUCCCUCGCUUCACCAGCCCAACGCGAGUGUACACGAUUCCUGAGGAGCUGGGUCCAGGAACCAUCGUGGCCAAUGUCACAGCUGAGGACCCUGACGAUAAAGGUUUAACCACCUUCCUCUUCUACAGCAUCACUACCAUUAACAGCUAUUUUCUGAUCAAUCAGUGGACUGGGACCAUCCAGGUGGCACGCAGGCUAGACCGAGAUGCAGGUAAAUUAAGACAAAAUCCUGCCAUUUCUCUGGAGGUUCUGGUGAAGGACAGACCCUUCGGGGGUCAGGAGAACCGCAAGCAGAUAACCUUCAUUGUGGAAGACAUUAAUGACAACCCCGCCACGUGCACCAAAUUCACCUUCAGCAUUAUGGUGCCUGAGAGAGCAGCCAAGGGGACAUUGCUUCUGGACCUGAACAAGUUCUGCUUUGAUGAGGACAGCGAAGCACCAAACAACCAAUUCAACUUCACCACGCCAUCUGGAGUCGGGAGCCGCGGCAGGUUUUUACAGGAUCCAGCUGGCUCUGGGAAAAUUGUGUUGAUUGGUGAUCUAGAUUAUGAAAAUCCAAGUAAUCUAGCAGCCGGCAAUAAAUACACCAUGAUAAUCCAGGUGCAGGAUAUUGCCCCUCCUUACUAUAAAAAUAACAUCUACAUUUAUAUCCUAACAAGCCCAGAAAAUGAGUUUCCUCUUGUCUUUAACAGCCCAUCCUACGUAUUUGCUGUGUCAGAAUUAAGCCCAGCUCGAACCCAGGUUGGACAGGUGCAAGCGUCAGAUAAAGACUUCCCCCAGAGCAGCAUCGUGUACUCCAUCUCCACCGGAGGAGCCAGCCUGCGGUACCCAAACACAUUUUGGAUUAAUCCCCAAACGGGAGGACUCCACCUGGUGACUAGAGCAGACUACGAAACAACCCCCAUCUAUAUUCUCAGAAUCCAGGCCACCAACGGCGAGGACAGCAGCUCAGUCUCUGUUACUGUGAACAUCCUUGAAGAAAAUGAUGAAAAGCCAAUUUGUACGCCCAACUCUUAUUUUCUGGCUGUUCCAGUGGAUCUGAAAGUUGGCACAAAUAUUCAAAAUUUCAAGCUGACGUGUACUGACCUUGAUUCCAGCCCCAGGUCUUUUCGUUACUCCAUUGGCCCAGGCAACAUCAACAGUCAUUUCACCUUCUCUCCCAACGCCGGGUCCAACGUGACAAGCCUGCUCCUCGCGACUCGCUUUGACUAUGCUAGUGGGCGUGAUAAGAUCUGGAACUACAAACUACUUGUCUACAUAACUGAUGACAACUUGCUGUCCAGCAGGAAGAGAGCUGGGGCUCUUGUGCAAACAGGGACAGUGACACUGAGUAUUAGUGUUGUGCCUCACCCAACCACGAUCAUCACUACAACCCCCAGGCCCAGGAUCACCUACCGGAUCCUGAGGAAGAACGUGUAUUCUCCAUCAGCGUGGUAUGUGCCUUUUGUCAUCACGCUGGGCUCCAUAUUGCUUCUGGGUCUCCUGGUGUCCCUGAUGGUCCUGUUGGCCAAAGCCAUCCACAGACACUGUCCCUGCAAGACUGAGAAGCACGAGAAACCUCUGGUGAAGAAAGGAGAGAUGAAGGACACAGAGAGAGAGGCUGUGGUGGAAAUGAUCCAGAUGAACACUGUCUUUGAUGGAGAAGCCAGAGACCCAGUUACCGGGAGAAUCUAUGAAUUCAACUCAAAAACUGGAGCCAGAAAGUGGAAAGAUCCCUCAACCCAAAUGCCAAAAUGGAAAGAGGCCAGCCCCCGGGGAGCUGCUCCAAGAAGACCUGUCGCUGGGGUCGGGACGGGGACACCGAGGAGCAUCGACGAAGAAGGAGCUGGGCUGAGUGGCCAAGGGUGGGCUGAAGACGCAGGUCCGGGCUCCAGGAACCAGGAUGGUAGGCUGAACACCCCAAAGGACAGAAACCUAGUCCUUACCAGCCAGACAUCCCCCAAACCGCACCCAGGAAAGUGAAUCGUAUCUGGUUGCCGGACCUAC